AUGGAUUGUCGUGGGCGAUUUCGCUUUAAUGCUAUAAAACCAAUUUUGGAUAUGAUUCAAAUACCGGAAAAUCCAAAUCAAAAUGACGAUGGCUAUUACAGAUUGGAUUAUUCUCCGAGGCACGGAAUUCCGCCUGCCAACACCACGAUACCGUCCAAAGAUAUUGCUCACGUCAUUGAAUUUUCACAGGGACUUCCGGGAACGAAAUACGAAUUUUGGUUGUACUAUACGAAUAGAACCAUAACGGAUUUGUUGACGUGGACCGCAUCGAUCACUACGCCUCCCGAUCCGCCUACGAAUUUAUCAGUGAACGUAACGAGCGAAAAAGUCGCUCAGGUUUCAUGGAGUCCUCCUGCUCAAGGACAUUACACGAGUUACAGAUUAAAAGUUUUAAGCUUAUCCGACGUGAAUGUCGAUUCGAAAUCCCUUGCUAUUAACAACAAUAAUAAUAGAUCUUACACUUUUAGAGAUCUAACUCCUGGUGCAUCGUAUCAGGUUCAAUUGUUUACAGUAUUUGAAAAUAAGGAAAGCGUUGCUUACACUUCCAGGAAUUUCACUACGAAGCCGAACAUGCCGGGAAAAUUCAUCGUUUGGUUUCGUAACGAAACGACGCUGUUGGUUUUGUGGCAACCUCCUUAUCCGCCUGGAAUAUUCAGUCAUUACAAAGUGACGAUCGAUCCUCCAGACGCUUUAGAAUCAGUAUUAUACGUCGAAAUAGAGGGCGAUCCGCCCGGUCCGGCUCAAGCUGCUUUCAAGGGGCUGGUCCCCGGAAGAGCUUAUAAUAUUUCAGUUCAAACGGUUAGUGAAGAUGAAAUUUCGGUUCCCACGACGGCCGAAUAUCGUACGGUCCCGUUGAAACCCAGCAACGUGACGUUCGAUAAAAAUAACGUCACGUCUUAUUCGUUCAGAUUGCGUUGGGAUCCUCCGAGCGGUCUUUGCGAAUUCGAUAAAUAUCAGGUGUCGAUAAGCGUGAAGAGGCAAGCGCCCGUUGCAAGAAAUCGAGGAGAACCCACGACAAUAGAAUUUAAAGAUCAUUUAGAACCGGGAAAAACGUAUCAAGUCUCGGUGAAAACAAUGUCGGGAAAAGUUGCGAGUUGGCCCGCAACCGGAAACGUGACUUUAAGGCCUCUUCCCGUACAAAAUUUAGAAUCCCUCGCUGAUCCCAAUACGGGUCUCGUUUCGAUAUUUUGGACUCCGGAUAAUCGUAGCUAUCAAGAAAAUUACAAAAUCAGUUAUCACGAAGUGGAAACUUAUAACGGAGAUAGUAGCACAGCAUACACGGAUAAACAAUCGUACGUUUUAAAAGCUUUGCUACCCGGUAGAAAUUAUUCAAUAACCGUACAAGCAGUUUCGAAUAAGAUUGAAAGCAACGAAACAUUUAUUUUCCAAGCGACGAGACCCUUAUCUCCCGUGAUUCAAGAAUUUAAACCCAUACCUUACGGUUUGAACAUAUCAUGGCAAUCGGAUGUCAAUUCUGUUCAAGAUCUCUAUCAAGUUGUGUACAUUCGAAACGACACGGGGGAAAAAGUAACGAAAAAAACAAUGGAAACGAAAUUGGUACUGACGGAUUUAUAUCCCGGAGCAAGUUAUCAAGUCAAAGUUUACGCCAUAAGUCACGGUUUUCAAAGCGAAGCUCACGAAUAUUUUCAAACGGUUUUCCCGCAUCCCCCCAAUAAUUUGAGCGUUGAACGCACGUCUGGUAAUUCAGUCGUUGUCAAGUGGAAACCUCCCAUCAAUUCGAUAUUUACGGAAUACGUCGUGAAGUACAGAACGGAAGAAGAUGAAAGAUGGAUAAAAUCGAAUACUCUGAAAUCAACGGAAGCUGCUAUCACGAACAUGACGCCUGGGGAAAAGUAUAUUAUCCAAGUUAACACUUUGUCUUACGGUACGGAAAGUAACGAACCAUUGCAAACGAGUCAAACAGUUCGUCCGAAUCCGAUUUCAAGCAUUUAUCCGAUAAUCGAUUCGACGAACGUGACGUUGGAAUGGCCGCGACCCGAGGGUAGAAUCGAAAGUUACAUAAUACGAUGGCAUCCGGAGGAAACGCCCGAAAGUGAAAAAAUGAAAAAUCUCACGGAGCAAAACGUGUCGGGAAAUUACGACAAUCACGGAUCGGAGGAUCGGCUCGUUCGUACUCUGAUCGACGAAUUAAUGCCGGGCGUGAAAUAUUAUUUUGAAAUAUACACGACGUCAUACUCGUUGGAAAGCGAUUUGAUAAAACUCACGACGAGAACCAUGCCGCAAAUACAAAGCGAAGUACUCGUCGUCAACGAUCAACAGGAAACGAAUUCCGUGACGUUGAGAUACACUCCCACGCCUCAAUCCACGUCUCGUUUCGAUUUGUACAGGUUCAAAUUGUCGGAUCCGAGCAUACCCGUGAAAGAAAAAUUGGCCAACGAUACGGAAACGAAAGUCACAUUUGACGGUUUGAUACCCGGACGUUUGUAUAACAUAACCGUUUGGACGGUGAGCGACGGUGUCGAAAGUCAACCGUUGCAACGUCAAGAUAGACUAUAUCCCGAAAGUAUUACGUACAUAAAUGCGACGGAAAUAACGGAUACGGAAAUCACAUUGAAGUGGGACAUUCCGCGAGGAGAGUACAACGCAUUCGAAGUCCAAUAUUUAAACGCAUACGGAUUGUUGAUACACAAUUUGACCCUUCACGACACCAUAACCAUGUCCGAUUUGAAACCUCACAGGAAUUACACAUUCACCGUCGUCGUGAGAUCAGGCACGGAAUCGAGCAUUCUACGUCGUUCUCUUCCCGUAUCCGCGAUAUUUCAAACGAGAGAAUCCGUGCCGGGAAAAGUCGAAAGGUUUCACCCGAUCGACAUUCAACCGAGCGACAUUACUUUCCAAUGGGCUUUACCCAGCAACGAACAAAAUGGAGUCAUAAGAAAAUUUACGAUAACUUACGGACUUGAGGGUUCUUCAUACACUCAAGUACGAGAUUUCAAACCGUGGGAAUUUCAGGGAGUCAUAAAAACUUUGAUACCGGGAAAAACUUACAUAUUUCGUAUUCAAGCGGAAACUAAAAUCGGAUACGGUACGGAAACGAUAUGGAAGCAAAAAAUGCCCAUUUUGCCGCCGCCGAUUCCGAGCGAUCAGGUGAUUCCGACGGAAGUUUGCCGCAGCACGAGAACGAUACAAAUCCGUUUUAGAAAAAAUUAUUUUUCCGAACAAAACGGAGCGAUAAUUGCGUACACGGUCAUCGUGGCCGAAGACGAUAGUAAAAAUUCAUCGGGUAUCGAAAUGCCGAGUUGGAGCGACGUUCAAAAAUACACAAAAUGGCCGCCUUAUCAGGUUUCCGAUCCGUACUAUCCGUUCAAAAAUUCAUCGGUCGAAGAUUACACGAUAGGGAAUGAAAAUUGCGAUCCGAACGAGCACAAAUUUUGCAACGGACCAUUGAAAACGGGUACGAAUUACAGGGUUAAAGUUCGAGCUUUCACAGCAGCCGAUAAAUUCACCGACACUCAUUAUUCGUUUCCCAUACAAACGGACGUGGAUCCCAUGCCCGUCGCUCUCGGCGUUUCCAUACCGAUAUUCGGAGUCAUAAUAGGAGGACUCUUAUAUUGGAUUUUCAACAGGAGAAGAGGAACGAAACGUAGAACAAUCGAGUCGAGAGCAAAUGAUAAUUUGUCACUACCCGAAAGCGUUAUGCAAACGAGCCGACCCAUUCGUUUGGAUCAAUUUGCCGAACACUAUCGAAUCAUGUCGGCGGAUUCGGAUUUUCGAUUUUCAGAAGAGUUCGAAGAAUUGAAACACGUCGGUAGAGAGCAACCUUGUUUGGCCGCGGAUUUACCAUGCAACCGACCAAAGAAUAGAUUUACAAACAUAUUGCCCUACGAUCACUCGAGAUUCAAAUUACAACCCGUCGACGAUGAAGAAGGAAGCGAUUACAUCAAUGCAAAUUACGUACCGGGUCAUAAUUCUCCGAGAGAAUUCAUCGUGACGCAAGGACCCCUGCACUCGACGAGAGAUGAUUUUUGGAGAAUGGUUUGGGAAAGUAACAGUCGUGCCAUUGUCAUGCUCACGCGAAGCAUAGAAAAAGGAAGGGAAAAAUGCGAUCAUUAUUGGCCCUACGACACACUUCCGGUUUACUACGGUGACAUAUCCGUAACUUUAUUAAAUCAAAGUCAUUACAUCGAUUGGAGCAUCACGGAAUUUUUGACGUGUAGAGGAGAAAUAAGUAGAGUCAUAAGGCAUUUUCACUUUACAACGUGGCCAGAUUUUGGAGUUCCGAAUCCUCCGCAAACUCUAGUCCGCUUCGUGAGAGCAUUCAGGGAGAGAAUAGGAACCGAACAAAGGCCGAUAGUCGUUCAUUGCAGCGCCGGAGUCGGACGAUCCGGAACAUUCAUAGCGCUCGAUAGAAUAUUGCAAUCGAUAUUGACGACGGACACGGUCGACAUAUUCGGAAUCGUUUGGCAAAUGAGAAAAGAAAGGGUUUGGAUGGUACAAACGGAGCAGCAAUACAUUUGCAUUCACCAGUGUCUUUUAGCCGUUUUGGAAGGUAACGAAAACACGGGAACGCUCAGACAAAUCCACGACAACAGCGAAUUCCAAGAUGACGAAGGCAUAGCAGAAUCAGGGAUAUAA